CAGGGAGAAAUGGUUGACAAGCUGCAAGUGCAGAUAAAAAAAUCACUGCAUCAUGUGGAGAUCAAUGUCUCACAGACAAAGGGAUACGAAAAGCACGUAAUUGUUGAUUUGUUCAACGGAACAUAUGCCAAGACGAUAAAUAACUCCCUGCCUUGUAGCCCAGAUAACUGCCAAGCAAUCGUAUUGUAUGAGGCGGAAAAGCUAUCAAUAGAAUCGUUGUUGUAUAUUAAGUGGCAACUAGAAAAGUAUAAAGGAUGUAAUAAGGUGUUCUUUUGUUGUUCCGACGAAUCUAAGCUCCACCCUAUUAAACUACUUUGCACCACUCUCCGCCUUUCUCCACCUUCAUCCCAAGAGAUUCUUCGGAUUUUGGAACAUAUCGGAGAGAAAGAAGGCAAACAAUUAUCACGGGGCUUACUCAAUAAGAUUAUUUUCCGGUCAAGAAACAAUCUCCGCCAAGCCAUUCGUUCAUUGGAAGCAACUUGCCGAAAUAAGGAUAUCCUCGGAGAAGAAGAUUUAAUUUUAACAGGAUGGGAAUAUGAUAUUUUGAUUAUUUCCAAAAGUAUGCUGGAAGAGCAAAGUCCAAGACAAUUGUAUCUCAUUCGUAGAAAGCUGCAAAGUCUAAUGAUUCACGACGUUUCCGCUGAGUUCGUUUAUAAGUCGUUGGUAGAACACUUAACAACUUUGAUUGAUGCCUCACUGCGUUCGGGGGUGGCCAAACUCGACAUGAAGUACAAGAAAGUUAGCAUGAUUGAAUUUGAACCACAGAAGAGACAUAGUCCUCAUCAAAACAAACAAGGGGAAUCCAAUAAUGAAAAACACCAUGAAUCAAGAAAGAGGAAAGCAAUAAUAAAUUACUUGAAAGUUGAAGAGUUUAUUGCAAAAUUCAUGAGCUGGUACAAGAAUUCAACUACAGGAAAGUAUUAGGCAAGUCCAAAUGUGGAGUGCGAUCGGUAAUGUCAAAGACAUUUGGUUGGUUCUUUGCAAGUGUCUAGGAAUUUACAUUAAAUGGAAAAUAUUAUGGGCCAUCAAAUAGAUAUUUUUCUCGCAUCUUUUAAUUUGUUAUC